GCCGCCAUGGCGGGCGGAGCGCGGCGCCUGUACCGCCGCAUCCUGCAGCUGCACCGCGCUCUGCCGCCCGCCCUGCGCGACCUGGGCGACCGCUACGUGAAGGAGGAGUUCCGGAGGCACAGGGCGGCCGGGCCCGCCGAGGCCCAGCGCUUCCUGCGGGAAUGGGAGAACUAUGCAGCAAUGAUCCAGCAACAAAUUAAUGAGGACAAACAAAACUUGAGAGAAAAAGCUGUAUAUGGAAUUCCGCUCACAGAAGAAAAACUUAAUGACUUCCGUGAUGAACAGAUUGGGCAGCUGAAGGAACUGAUGGACGAGGCUACCAAACCUCAUAAAAAAAUCACUAUUUCUAAAGACUCAGAAUACAAAACCUAAAAGAUUUUAAAAAAUAUUUUAAUGCGUAUUGGAAGCAUUUUGAAACUGCUUUUUCCAGUUGUACUUGAAUGUGGUUUCCGUGAGAUAAUGGAUGCUGCUGAUGCUAUAACUUGUCUGAAGUGGAUGUGUUUGGCUUUCUGUGCAAGAACAAAUGGAAAAAUGGAAUAAUCACACUUUUAUGUUAAUUGCAUUAUUUUUUCUCCUUUUUGUUUUUUCCUUCCUAAUGGAUGUUGAAGACUGAAAGAAUUUGGGGAAAGUAAAUUGACGUUUUUAAAAUAUGGAGUUGUAGUUUUGGGGUUGUUUUGUAAUCUUGGCACCUACAGGGCAAAACAUCUUUCUGUUUGCUUAUCAUCCUCUUCCUUAAUGGAAAAGAUGCUAUUAGCAUUUAUUUUCUGGUGAAGAUUCAGUAGACAAAGGAAUGGUACUAGAGUGGGUUUGUUUUCAUGGAAAGAAAUGAGCAGUAUUAGAAAAGCAUACUGCUGGUGAAAUUGGAAGUUGAUUUUUGUCUUGAGCUUUAUUGUGAAAUGGACUUUAAAAUAAAAGAUGUAGCUCAUUAUUAAAUUAAUCUUGAAUCACUCA